ACUGGUGUGUCUGGUUUGUGAAUGAACUAGAAAAUAUAAAAAAUGCCGCUAGCCAGCCGAGCCAGAGUAUAUGCAGAUGUCAACUCACACAGACCCCGUGAGUACUGGGAUUACGAGGCCCAUGUUGUAGAGUGGGGAAACCAGGAUGAUUAUCAGCUGGUUAGAAAACUUGGUAGAGGGAAGUACAGCGAAGUAUUUGAGAGUAUAAAUAUUACUUCCAGUGAGAAGUGCGUCGUUAAAACUCUGAAACCGGUAAAAAAGAAGAAGAUAAAACGAGAAAUUAAAAUCCUGGAAAACCUGCGGGGUGGCACCAACGUGAUCACACUCCACGGCGUGGUGAAGGAUCCCGUGUCCCGGACCCCGGCCCUAAUAUUUGAACACGUGAAUAACACGGAUUUCAAGCAGCUGUAUCAAACUCUCACCGAUUACGAUAUCCGGGGAUAUCUGUACGAACUGCUCCGAGCUCUGGACUAUUGUCACAGUAUGGGAAUUAUGCAUAGAGAUGUUAAACCUCACAAUGUAAUGAUUGAUCAUGAAAAUCGUCGGCUCCGACUUAUUGACUGGGGGCUAGCUGAAUUUUACCAUCCGGGGCAGGAAUAUAAUGUUAGAGUUGCGUCCCGAUACUUCAAGGGUCCUGAGCUGCUGGUAGAUUACCAGAUGUAUGACUACAGUCUGGACAUGUGGUCCCUGGGCUGUAUGCUCGCAUCAAUGAUCUUCAGGAAGGAACCCUUCUUCCACGGACACGACAACUACGAUCAGCUGGUCAGGAUUGCUAAGGUGCUGGGGACGGAGGAGCUCUACGAGUAUUUGGACAAGUAUCAGAUAGAACUUGAUCCUAGGUUCUCCGAUAUACUCGGGAGACACUCCAGGAAACGAUGGGAGAGGUUUGUACACAGUGAGAACCAGCACCUUGUCUCUCCAGAAACCUUGGACUUCCUGGAUAAAUUGUUAAGAUAUGAUCAUCAGGAGAGGUUGACUGCAAUGGAGGCUAUGGAGCACGCUUACUUCUAUCCUGUUGUUAAAGAUCACGGUCGUAUCUCUAACAUCUCUAGUUCUCCUACUGGAGGAGCAGGUGGUCUAGGAGCAGGAUCCAUCCCUCAACAGGUUCCAUCGUCUCCUGUUCUAUCUCCCAACAACACUCCUGUUCCCUCGAAUCAACAACCUCAAUAAUCAUUUGUUUUUUUUACUGCGUUUAUACUUUUUUCGGUCGGUAAAUAGUCAAACAAAAAUCGGCCUCUGCUGCCGUUUAGGUCUCCAUGUUGAAUGGGUCGAUUUGAUUUUUUGUUUUCUAAUAAUAGUUUUCAUGUACAUUAGGGGGCUCAUUGAUCUGUUUCAAACUAUUGAGAUCAAUUGUAUCUGUAAGUUAAAUGUACUAAAACAAAUAUAAUUUUGUCGUUAAAGUUGCUGGCACUAAUGUUCACCUUUUUUAUAAUUUUUCUUCCUUAUUUCAUGAAUGUUUGGCCUUACUAAAACCUAAAAUGAAAUUAUUUUAAGAACACUUGUAAAGUUUACUUUUAGACACAAAUGGACAGACAAGUAUUGUACUGGCGUAUCAUUGAAAUUUCAAGAAAACAAGAUUUCACCCGCGACUUUUUUAAGUCUUUGUCGCCGACCGCCGUGUUAGAAAUUGUUUUUCUCUGAAUUUAUUGAACUCAGCAUUCGCCAGAUAAAUAAACUUUUAUUUCUGAA